UCGCCACUCAAAUUCUCAGUAACCAUUUCAGUGUUAAGCAAAAGGAGACUUCAGAGAGUGCUUGAAGUGAGUCAAGCAAAAGAAGGAGAUGUCCACUCUAACUGUUCCUGCCGAGUCUCCUUCUCCCCUCGAAGACGCCAAUAAACUUCACCAAGCUUUCAAGGGAUUUUGCUGUGACAAAGGUGAAGUUAUCAGUGUCCUUGCUCAUCGUGAUGCAACACAACGUGCUCUCAUCCAACAAGAGUACAAAACCACGUAUACUGAGGACUUGAUGGAGCGGCUAUCUGCAGAUCUUAGUGGAGAUUUCAAGAAAGCAGUUUUACUCUGGAUGCAUGAUCCAGCAGUACGUGAUGCAACAAUUCUUAGAGAAGCAUUGAGUGGUUUCAUUGAUAUGCAAGCUGUGAUUGAAGUAAUAUGUUCUCGUGCCCCUUCCCAGAUCCAGCAAUUAAAACAAGUUUACCAUUCCAAGUUUUGUGACCUUGAGCAAGAUAUUGAAUCUAAAGCCCCUGGUGUUUUAAAAGAACUACUGCAUGCAUAUAUAACGAAGACGCGCUAUGAAGGUCCAGAAGUUGAUCAAAUGUUGGCAGAGAAGGACGCUGCGGGUCUUUUUGAUGCUGGAGAGAAGGAAUGGGGAACGGAUAAAAAGCCCUUCAUCCAAAUUUUCAGUGAACGGAGUAGACCACAGUUGGCUGCUACUAAUCUGAUGUACCAUAGCAUGUAUGGGAACUCCCUGAAACGGGCAAUAAAGAAGGAAACAUCUGGAAAUUUUCAGAUUGCCCUUUUGACAAUCCUUCGAUGUGCAGAGAAUCCUUCCAAGUAUUUCGCAAAGGUUUUGUAUAAGGCAAUGAAAGGCUUGGGAACAGAUGAAAAGACACUAACAAGGAUAGUUGUGACAAGGACUGAGAUUGAUAUGGAGUGUAUAAAGGCAGAGUACCAGAAGAAACAUGGAAAGACAUUGUUCGACGCAAUUCACUCCGACACUUCGGGCUAUUAUAGGACCUUUCUUCUCUCUCUUUUGGGUCCUGACCAGUAGGCACACAUUAUAGAUGGGAGGUAGUGUAAAUAUCGUUUAGUCUAUAGGGAUUGCGAGCGAUGCUUACUCUGAGCGUUCCUCAUGGUUCCUAAAUCCCUUAGCUUGACAUCUUUGUUUGUAACUUACAUGUAAAAGGAUGGUGAAACUAAACCACAAUUUUCUAUUGUGACUAGACAUUUUGAGAGUUAAUAGCGUUGAUCAAUCAUCUA